CACGAAGGCUGCGGUGACGCGAUUCCGGCCAGCUCAGCGUCGUCACGUCAUCCGUCCUGGUGGUCCGGGUCCUCAUUUUCCCCAAUCGGACUCUCCUUUCCAGGCUGUCAAAAGCAACGAAACCUGAAAGGUCGUGUGGCUUCAGCGGACAAGAUGGUGCUGCUGACGAUGAUCGCCCGGCUGGCCGACGGCCUGCCGCUGGCCGCCUCGAUGCAGGAGGACGAGCAGUUGGGCCGGGACCUGCAGCAGUACCAGAGUCAAGCCAAGCAGCUCUUCAGAAAACUCAACGAGCAGAGCCCCACGCGCUGCACCUUAGAAGCCGGCUCCAUGUCCUUCCACUACGUCCUGGAGAGGGGCGUAUGCUACUUGGUCCUGUGCGAAGCCAGCUUCCCCAAAAAGCUGGCCUUCGCCUACCUGGAGGACCUGCAGGCCGAGUUCCACGAGCAGCACGGCAAGAAGGUGCCCACCGUCUCCCGGCCGUACUCCUUCAUCGAGUUCGACACGUACAUCCAAAAGACCAAGAAGGCCUACAUUGACAGCCGGGCCCGGCGGAACCUGGGCAGCAUCAACACAGAGUUGCAAGAUGUGCAGAGGAUCAUGGUGGCCAACAUCGAAGAGGUGCUCCAGAGGGGGGAGGCGCUCUCCGCAUUGGACUCCAAGGCCAGCAAUUUGUCCAGCCUGUCCAAGAAGUACCGCAGCGACGCCAAGUACCUGAACACGCGCUCCACAUACGCCAAGCUGGCAGCCGGCGGCGUUUUCUUCAUUAUGCUCAUCGUCUACGUGCGCUUCUGGUGGCUCUGAGAAGGCAGGACAGUGUUGUCGUUAAUACCCACACACGCAAAAAAAAAAAAAAAAAAAUCCUUACCCUCUAAUAAGACUAAGACAAGGGCACUUUUCCAGAACUACAAAAUAAAGCAUGAUGGUUUUGAGAUGAGUGGCCCCAUGGAAAGUCAACGCGUGGGUGUCUUGAAGG